ACUACUUACACGUUCAGGUCCACACCAAUAAACCAUUUUCCCAUUUUACUCAUCCACCCUCUCAAAAGUCCUCCUCCCACACCUAUUUUGAAUUCCAGAGCCAAGAAAUUAAAAAGACCUCUCACCGCUUCAUCCUUUACUUCUUCCUCCAUUAAAAUCCAAAAAGAUAAAGCCAACCCUUUUGAAUAUCUUACUCUCCUUCAACACCUUACAUCGACAUAGACCUUUAAACCCCUUUUACAGCAUCCAAUAAUUCAUAAUAGCAUACAUCAUCAUCCUCCAGACAAACGCGUCCUAAAACACACCGGCCCUAUUUUAUAUACCGCCCACUACUCACUAGCCUCCUCCAUAUCAACCCUCAAACCUCACCAUCAACCAAAGUCAGACCAAAAAUGAUAGAUCAAGACAGACAAGGUGCAGGAGCACCCCAUGGAGUUCUACUAGUAGUUGUGGUGAUGUUGGUCAUAUUCGUCCCCUUCUUCCUCGGCGAGCAAGGUGAAGCCAUAACCGAAGGCUUCGCGGAGCUUCUCAGCCCCGUCGGGCUUCUCCUCCUCCCCGUCAUCCUCCUCCUCACCAUCCAGUUCUUGUCAUCUCCUCAAGGCUCUUUUCUCUCAUCCAUGUUCUCCACCGGAGAGCCCGACACCAUCCACAGGGUCAGCGGCUCCCCGGUGGGCGUCGCAUUGUUUCUUCUACUAGUUUUGUUUCUUCUCUACAAUCGCAUAUCGAUCUUCGGCGGUGGCGACGACGACGAGUGAUUGACAUGAUGUACCACGAUCGAUCUAGGUUUCAUGUAUUUUGUAAAUAUACUUGGGUACGUACUAGUACCUCUUCAUUUUUCUUGUAUGAACAUGAAGUAGGGUUUGUUUGUAAUUAGAGUGGAUACCCAGGUUAAAAGUGGCAUCUGAUAUGAAUAUAGGAGGGUAUUUUGGCUACUUACAAAUAGUUAGUCGUUGACUGACUGUAGCAACUGUCGGUGCACGGUGGCGCGUGUGACGCGUGUGGCUGCUAUGGCACUUGCAGUAAACUUUUUGUCGACAAGGUUUAGUCCCUGAUUAAUCUUUCACAUGGAAGCUCCUUUCUCUUUGGUAUCAAAUUAGUUUCCAAUGCAAUUUUUCUUUUUGGUUAUUUGACUGGUUUAUUAUUAAUAU